AUGCCGCCGCGAUCCUCGUCGCUGAAGCCAUACCAGCUCAAUACACAUGUCGACCGCACGCCGCAAUUGCCAUCCGGAGCGACGACCCCACUGGCCCAUCUGCCUGCACCAGGCCUGGUGACAUAUCCCCCCGAACCUGCCACAUGGACCAACAUGCCCAACAAGGGCCAGCUCGCCCUGCUUGCUGCGAGUCGCUUCGUCGAUUUCUUCCAGAUGGCCGCCCUGCAAACAUACAUGGUACACCAGCUCAAGAGCUUCGAUCGCAGCCAGCCCGACUCGCUCAUAUCCCAUCAGGCAGGUGUGCUCCAGGGCAGCUUUACUGCUGCCCAAAUCGUCACGAGUAUCCUCUGGGGCCGUGCUGCGGAUCAACCAGGAGUAGGCAGAAAAUUGGUCCUCAACAUUGGAAUGGUCGGUACAGCGAUUGGGUGUAUCGGUGUCGGCUUCAGUACAAGUUAUCAGCAGGCAGUCGCUUGGAGAGUCUUGAGUGGAGCCAUCAACGGCACGGUAGGAGCGGCUAGGACCAUGGUCGCAGAACGUACGGACAAGCGCUGGCAUCCUCGCGCUUUCUUGCUCCUUCCUGCUGCUUUCAAUGUUGCCAAUGUCUUGGGUCCGAUCCUUAGCGGUCUUCUCGCUGACCCGGUAGCGGCUUAUCCUCAUCUGUUCGGUCCCAACUCGACCUUCGGCGGCGCAGAAGGCAUUGCCUGGAUGAAGAACCACCCCUACGCCGCACCCAAUCUCCUCUGCAGUCUUCUACUCAUAAUUGAAGCACUACUCUGUACCUUCUUCCUUGACGAAACCCUCAAGGGCUUCACCGAAGUCGACGUGGGCGCUUUCAACCCGCUAACAGUUGCUAAGGGCAUCUGGAACCGUCUGUACGAGGUCAAGAACAAAGGCUACAAAUUGGUCGGCGAGACAGCCAUGGCCCGCAGAGGACUUUUGUCGGGUCGUGAGGAGGGAAGCAUCGAACUCGACCGCAUCGCCGACGCAAACGAAAUCCGUGAGAGACAGGACUCGCACGCUUCACGACCAAUGCAGCGUCUACCUUUCCGUCGUGUGUGGACACCCAACGUAUGCUGGACUCUUUUGUCGAUCGCCAUAUUCGAUUUCCAUAUGGGAGCCUUCUCAACUCUGUGGAUUUUGUUCCUAUCUACAUCCCGCGAGUUCGUGCCUGGGAACAGCACAGACGGCAAACCGCAAAAGCAAGAAAGAGGUGUUUUCAAGUUCGGAGGCGGUCUCGCUUUCCCACCUCCUACGAUCGGACUCGCUAUGGCCAUCAUCGGCUUCAUCGGCAUCAUCCUCCAAUUCGUGCUCUACCCACGCGCGAAUGCGAGAUUCGGCCUCAUGCGCUGUUUCCGCUCUUCACUUUUCCUGUUUCCUCUAGCGUACUUUUUAGCACCUUACAUCGCACUCAUGCCCUCUGACUCUGCUUCGCCAGCCCCAGCAUCAGGGUUCUGGAUCUGGCUCGGCAUCGGCGGCGUUGUGUUCCUUCAAGUCGCUGCUCGCACUUUUGCACUUCCUGCCUCUAUCUUGUUGCUUAACAAUAGUUCUCCCCAUCCUUCUGUGUUGGCUACCAUCCACGGUUUGGGGCAAGCGGAUAGUGCGGCGUUCAGAACCAUUGGACCUAUAUUGUCGGCGUCUUGGUAUGGUAUGUGGCUUGAAAGAGGUGUAGUGGGCAUGGCAUGGUGGUACGUUGCUGCCAUCUCGGCUUUGGGGGCUGCAGCGAGUUUCAAAGUCAGGAAUGGAAAUGGGCAUGAGAUCAUGUUGCCUGGAGAAGAGGAGAGAGCCGAUGAGCAAGCGCCUGAGCCGACGAGGAAGUAG